AUGAUGGAACCCAAGGACUUUGUGAUCUCCAACGUGAUCCAAGUUGAAGUAUUCGUGGCAGGUGACGGUCUCAACUACCCGAAGAAGGGUCAGACUGUGGUAAUCCACUACACAGGAUAUCUUCAAGACGGCAAGAAAUUCGACUCCUCUCGUGACCGAGAGAAGCCCUUCAAGUUCAAACUCGGCGCUGAACAAGUGAUCCCUGGCCUGGAUGAAGGAGUUGAGCGGCUGUGCAUGAAGGAGCGUGCCAAGCUGUUCGUGCCUGCAGAUAAAGCGUACGGGCGGAAAGGAUUCCCGGGACUCGUGCCUCCCAACACUAACCUGAUCUUCGACAUCGAGCUCCUUACAUUCCGUUAA